UUAUAUUACAUGUUGAUUUAUUAAAUAAGUAGUUGCAGCCUUAUAAUGUCGGUUGUCAGCAGCCUUGUACCUGCACGGUUCCUGACCAUCAUCGCUCACCUUGUUAUUGUUAUCACAAUCUUCUGGUCGAGGGAAAAUAACGUGAAGGCCUGUUUGCCUUUGGAUUUCACACAAGAGCAAUAUGAGAAUGAAGAUAGAAGGUUGGUGGUGGCACUGGCGGUCACUCUCGGUCUGUUUGCUAUAGAGUUGGUCGGCUUCUUCUCCGGAGUGUCCAUGUUCAACAGCAGCCAGGGUCUCCUGUCAACAGGAGUCCAUGCCAGUGCCUCAGUGGCUCUGCUUUUCUUUCUAUUUGAGCAGUGGGAGUGUGACAUCUACUGGUGGAUCCUUGCCAUUUGCAGUGUGCUGCCUGCGUUUGUGGAGAUUGUUCUGUUCAUUGCUGUUUUUGGACUGAAGAAGAAGCCAUUAUGAAAGGCACCCCAGAUGUGAAAUCCUACAAACUAGCGUGGAUGUAAUUCCACCAUCGCUGUUGCAGUUUAUCUACAGACACUGUACUUACAGAACAUCUAUCAUCAAUUUAAUGAUGUACAGAGGAUUUUAAAUUGUCAUUAACAUAUACUACAACCAAUCUACACGCCACUCUGUCCAGAAUAAUUUUUAUAUUUUUAUAUUUUGUAUGUGAACUGAAUGUAGAAAAGGCAUUUAUAUUAUUAUGUUUACUUGUAACAUGUCCUGAGUGGUUACUUUAGAAAGAAAUGUAUCAGAAUGUCAACUC